AGGUGUUGGAUCUGAAGCCUGUCCCAGGAACAAUGGGUGAGAGGUGAGGAAUGCAGCCCUGGAUAGUCCAUCACGUCACAUCACAUCACAGUACACCAUGCACACACACAUUGACACCUAGGGGCAAUAUACCAUCGACAAUCCAGAGAGAUCAGAGGAAACCCACACAGACACAUGGAGAACAUGCACAGAAACCCAACACAGACAGAGACCCGAGCUCAACAUUGUACCAGCGGACCCUGGCAAUUUGGUUAGAAGUUAUCGUUAUUAGAAAACUCGAAAGCAUCCAUCCCAGUUGACUUGAUCUAGUAUCUUAAUUUAUUAGAAUGUGCCUUAAUAAGGUGUCUAAUAACCUAAAUGUCAGUAUUUGUAUAUUUUUAGAUGUAUAUUUUUUUUAUUGUUCUUUAUUAUUCCAAAUAACAUGGAAAUGUCUGGAGGAGCAUAAAAUAAGUUCUGAACUUCCAGAGUUGCUGUAGAAAUCAGUAGAUUAUUAGUAUUUUAGUAUUCCAUAUCUUUAUAUCUAAUCAUGUCAUAAUUGGACAGGUGAAAAAGAUGAGCAGUCAACAGUGUGUGUGUGUGUGUGUGCUCUAUUUGACUUAUGAGCUUUAAUAGGCUUUAAUAAUCAUCGCCAACUAUCAUUGCAUCAAAGAAUCGUGUUAAUAGCUAACUUUGUGAUAACUGGCCAACCAGAAUGAGAUGAUGGAAAGCUACCAAAUAUCAGCCUGUGACUGUAGGUUCAGGGAGGCAGGGUUUCAUGUGCGUCAUCUUGGAUGUUGGGGUCAAAGAAUAAACAAAGUAAUAUAAUUUAAGAGAUAAAAUAAUUUUAUUAUAAUUUCAGUAUUAAUAUCUUAACAUACGUUUUGAUCACUUUGUUGUUACAUUUGAUAAAAGAAUAAGAGGCCUAAAUGCUUUAAAGUCAACAUGAAAACAAAAUUGAAGUUUUGUGGCCUUAAGGUUAUCUAUAAGCUAGUGUGCUCCAAAGCAAUUGCUACAUCUCAAAUUGCCUACUUAUACUAUGAACUAAAAGUAUGUACUCUUUCUGUGAAGGAAACGUACAUACUUUUGAGUGUGUAACAAAAUAGUAUGCAAAUACUGGGACAUACUAACUAACACAUCAUGUAAAGGGAGAGAACAUUGUUGCGUAGUUAUGCACACCGUCACCGUAAACAAACUCCUUGUUGCGUUUCAGCUUUUCUUCAUUCAUUAUUCUUUAUAUCAUUUAUACUAUAUCAUUUAAUUUACCAUUCCCUUGAUUUAUUUUUGCACAUUUCAUUUACACCUCUCUAAAAUGUAUCCUUGAAUUCGGCGAAGCAAACCGUCACAAAACUCCUCCCUUGUGCAAGGAGUCGUGGGCAAUAUUAUCUGAAAUCUACUGGAAAUAGCAGACCAUCUGGGUACCUUUGGGAUACUCAUUUCAAUAUACUAUGAUUUGGGACACACUAAUUCAAUCUCAGAUACUAUUUAGGACAGAUAGUAGGCGAAUUGAGACGCAGUAUUUGCAGCAGUGUGCGUAACUAGGCAACGACAUUCUCUUCUGUUACGUGACGUUAUGACGAGUAUGUCCCAGUACUUGCAUACUAUUUUGCUACACACACAAAGUAUGUACCUUUUCUUCACAGAAAGAGUAUGUACUUUUAGUGCAUAGUAUAAGCAGGCGAAUUGAGAUGCAGCAUAACUGUCAAGUACGGCUUAGUCAGGGCUGUGAGGUAAGCUAAACACUAUUGGCUAUUUAAAAAGGGGGAGGGGCCACUUGAUAUGUCCCGUCCUGACUUCCUGUUUCAGUGGAUAUUUCAUCAACACAUUGAAUGAUGCUGCACGUUUCAAGGCACUUCAUGGGAACUUCUUAAAUGUCUUGUUCAUUUCAUCAUUUAAAAAUACAUGUGUACAAACCGUUUCAGUCAGAUUUGGAUUUUGUCUAUACAGGUUUUCAGUUUUUUUUUUUUUUUUCCUCAACCCAAGAAUACGUGUUGAAUUUUUUUUUAAAACUGUGGCAGUCACACUACUGAUACAGUGGCUGAGAUUAGAGAUUAGGCUAAAAACUAAUCUCUAUCUCUACUGACAUCCAUCCAUCCAUUUUCUGUACUGCUUAUCCUACACAGGGUCACAGGGAGCCUGGAGCCUAUCCCAGGAGACUCGGGGCACAAGGCAGGGGAAAACCCUGGACAGGGUGCCAACAUAUUCAGGGCACAAUCACGCACACAUUCACACACUGCGGACAAUUUAGAGCUGCCAGUCAGCCUACAACGCGUGUCUUUGGACUGGAGAAGGAAACCGGAGUACCCGGAGGACACCCCCAUAGCUCGGGGAGAACAUGGAAACUCCACGCACACAGGGUGGAGGUGGAAAUCAAACCCCCAACCCUGGAGGAUUGUAACCUAAAAGAUGAGCCGCGUCCAGUGAUUAUAGGACAGUAUGAGAUUGUUACAGUACCUCAACCUGAUCACAAAGUGGAGAUUUUCAUGUUUCGUGCAAGUACGAUGGCAGACACCUACGCGACCGCCCAUGGAUGACAGCCUCACGAGUUCACAAAUUCAUGGACACAGAGCUGUCAAGAGCCUUCAGCCUUCUUAUCAAGGAACUAGCAUUUUUAAGAGUAGUGAGGUGCUGGUAAACACACACUGUCUGCUGGAGCUCUUUCAGUUCUGCUGGCUUUGUCAUAAAGAGUGCUGUAUUACCAUUGAGGGCAAUGAGAAGCUGUUUUCAGUCACCCAGGACUGCCAGAAUUGUGGCCACCACAGAGACUGGAGGAAUCACCCGCCUUCAGCCGAGCCUGCAGAAACAUAUCAUAAUGAACCCAAAGACCACGUAGAGACAUUUGAUGAAAAACGUGAGGAUAAUGAUGAUACAACUUCAUACAUAGAGGUAGAACACACGUUGGAGCCUGGGGAUGAGGAUAGUGAGGAGGUUGUGGUCCAGAUUGGGUCAUCGGAUCAUGAGGGCAGUGAGCAAAGCUAUGAGCAGAUGUUCAUCGAAACAGAUGGGUCAUAUUUUUCAAGUACAGAAGAGGAAACAAGCUUACAGGAAGAGAUGAUGAUGAAGAAGAAGAAGAAGAAGAAGAAAAAAUCUAAAAGAGAAGACAGUUCGGAUGAGUGGCAGCCAGAUUUGGGUGAAGAGGCCACAGACUCUGAUGUUUCCAUGGAUGAAGACCUGUUCACAGCUUUAAAGGAGGAUGGUCAGGGUAACCUUGCGGUGUGGUGUACACAAUGUGGGACCGAGGCCUUGCUCUCCUGUUCUGUGCUUCGACACAAAAAAGUAUUCUGCUGUGCUCAGUGUGAUGCUGGCGGUGAUAUUGAGAUGCUUAGUUUAGAAAAAGUAUCUGUUCGUUUUGAUGACUUGGCCAGUUUUCAGAGGCAUGCUGAACAGGAGCACGGAGUCAAGACAUUCUAUAAGUUGUGUCAGGAAUGUGGCAAGUUUGUUAUAGCAGACCCUCAAACCAAAGGUUUGAAAGAACAUAAAUGUGAACAAAAGAUCAAAUUUAUUGUCUGUCCAGAGUGUGGAAAAAGAUUCCUCACUGAGGUCGGCUUAAAGAGGCAUUGCACUAAACUGCAUGAGGAUGCCGACCACCCAUGUAAAUACUGUUUGAAGGUGUUUAAGAACAGACCAGCAAAAUUGGAACAUGAGCAGACUCAUCCUAAGGAAAAACAGCCAUACAGCUGUCCAGACUGUCCAGAGAAAUUUGACAAUCUUUACAAACGCAACAGCCACGUCAGAUCCCACCGGGGUCCAUAUAAGUAUUUGUGUGAUAUAUGUGAAAAGCGCUUUAAAGACCUCCACAGACUGAGGAGGCAUAAGCUCAUCCACUCUGGAGAAAAACCUUUCAAAUGCCAAGUGUGUGAGCGUUCCUUUAACCAAAUGGAAAACCUCACUUCCCACAUGCGAGUCCACACUGGAGAGAAACCUUUCAUGUGUGAGCAAUGCGGAGAGUGUUUUAACCACAACGUCAGUCUGAAGAACCACAAGCAACGACACCAUGACUUGGUUUUGAGUCCAGAGGAAGACGAAACAGGGUGAACUAGAGAAUAAGGAACUGAAUACAGCGGUAGACGUUCCAUAGUAAAAGUCUAGACCACAUGAUUAAAAUGAAUACAGUGAAACAUGAUACAAUGUUGCCAUAAUGUGUUUGUUUUUUCCUCUUUUUUAGCUUGAGUACGAUUCAGACUGAAAUGUUGCUUCCCUGAUGAGUACUUUUGUAUGCCAUGUACAUUUAUUGUCAGGCAUUUAAAACCAAAAUCACUACUUGAUUGGGUGGGAAGCAAUACAAAUGAGCACCUUUAUGAGUGUUGUCAUACUUAAGAAAAUGAAAAGCACGCUAAUAAUUACCUCAGCUAUAUAUGCAUGUGAAACUAAUCGCAUCUGAAUACGGCUUUAACUGGAACCAUAGAAUUUAAAGGCACUCCCUGGAGCCAUGAUCUAUUAAGAUACCAAAUAAUAUUGAUCAGAAAGAGAAAUUUUGGGUUAUUUAUUGUGCACUUACCCCAUUCUUGAAAAAAAAAAAAGGGUUCCUCAAGGGUUCUUUGGAUGGUUAAGUGUUCUUCGGAUGGUUCUUUGGACAGUUAAGGGUAAAAAGCAUGGAUUAACCUUCAUGUGCAAAAGUGAUUCGACAAUCGAUCCAUGGUUUGGAAGGAAUUCUUUUACGUGAAAGCAAACUUGGGUGCAGAUUCACGUAUUUGGGCCAAGUGUGAAAAUGUCCCUAGAAACAUUAAAGAGUUCUCUGAAAUGGACAAACCAAAGAACUUUAAAGGGUCGUAGAUAGAACCCUGUUUUUCUAAGACUGCUGAUGACCAUAUCUGAUCGUAUGACAUAGGUCUUUAUCCUUUUAAAUAGUCAUUUAUGUCUCAAACAGUAUAAAGAGUAAUGUGGCAAAAACUACUCCAGGGAAUUAAAACCAAUCCUACCAAAAUGGAUUUCUUUGGAAUGAAUUUGUUAUUCAUUUGUCAGUGUUUCAAAAUUUGUCCAACAACAAACCACAACUAAUAGAAAAUGUUUCCUACCCAAUUUAGGGAAAAAAACAGUGUUUAUGCAAACUUCCUAAUUUUUAUGCCUAUGCACCAUUCCUGGUGAUUGAAAAGCAGACAUGCUAUGGUUGAACAAAAAGGCUAUAUCGUAUACAAGGCUUUAUUUUAGUUCAUGAGAGAAAAUGUGGUUAUCUUUGUUGAGAGACACAUAAAUGACCAUCCGAACACAUUGUUAUUAUUAAAAAGUUUUGAUGGUACUAUAUAAUAAAAUAUAUUAAUUUAUAA